AUGGGGGGCGGUCUCGCCGUGCCGCCGCAUAUCCAGAAGAUCGAGGCCGAUCUAAAGAAGGAAUGGGCGAACAAGGAACGGGAGGUGAAGGAGAUGUUGAAGGAAUCUGCCGCUGUCAAGCCAGAGGCGAAGGGUACAAAGCGCAAGGCAGACCAAGUCUCGACCUCGACUAGUGUCAACGUCAACGUCAGUGUUAGCGUUUCGAGUACCGGUGUCAUUGAGGUGCAGGCUGCCAAUCUUGCCACGAAGAGAGCAAAGGUGGCCCCCAAGAUCACGGCCAAGGAGAAGAAGGUUACGCCAGCCGCUAAUCCGCCUGUACCCGCGGCUGUCCCCAAGAGAACAAAGCAACCCGCUAGGAGGACGGUCCAUCAGCUCAUAAUGGCGAAAGAUGGGAAGCCCUCGACAGCCAAGCCAAAGGCAGCCCCUACUGUACUAAAGGAGAAGAAAACGACAGCUCCAAAGUUAACGGAAAAGAAAACGGCUCCGGUCAAGUCGACAACAGGUGCAGCCAAACCCGCAGCGAAGGCGAAGGGAAACACCAAGACAGCAGCUCAACAAGUAGCACCAUCUCAAGAUGAAAAUGGCGAUGCACCACCACCCUACUCAGAAUAUGACCCAAGCUUGUCCUCUGUCUGGCGGGGCCCUGUGCAGCCAACCUCGCCGUCGAGCCCUCGGCGGAGGAUCGGCUUGCUUAAUGGACGGUACGACCUCUGUUGUAAGCAUGUUGAGGCGAAUUUCCCUCAAUAUCGGGAUCGUCUGAGCCUCAUUGGGACACUAGACGGGAACACCCUGUGGUUAAAGUUCAAUCUUGGCGUUGCUACUGGUAUGAUGAAAGUAACGCGACCAUAUGAAGUGAAUACGGAGGAUGCCAUGACAAUAUUUUGGCGCGGGGACGCCAUGCCAAGAUGGACGGAUGAGUAUGAGCUGCAUAACAUUGAUACAGAGGAUUCUGCUGGCUCGUUCAAUGGACUGUUCUUCAACGGCGAGGGUCACAUUCAUGGGUUUAUUCGAUACGGCUCAGAGGAGGAUGACAAUGAAGUCGACUUGAAGUUCGACGCCUAUCGAAGACCUGACCAGUCGAUGACAUCUGAGAUUAGCCCUACCCAGGCGCGUCAGAUAUGGGCUUCGCUCGAGGGAAGGUGGGAUUCAUAUUCUCGAGAUUCAGCUUCAUAUGACGAGUAUUGA